AUGGAGCGACUGCGCGCGAUAGCAGAUGCCCAUUACAGGGCGAGCCCGCCGGCGGCGUACGAAUUCUUCAAAACCCUAGACAGCGACGGUGACGGGAGGGUCAGCAUCAACGAGUUCUUGUCGUUGAUGAAGGAGCAGGGCCACGUGAGCCUGGCGAACCCUUACUUCUUCAGGGAGCUCGACAGCAACAGCAAUGGCAGCCUGGAUUUCUGGGAAGUGCUGACGCUUUACUACAUCGUCAAGAGUGGUCGGCCGGUGUGCGACUGCUGCGGGAUCCUCGUACACGGGAUUUUCUUCUCGUGCGUGGAGUGCUUCGACAGCCCCGCGGGUGUCUAUAGCGCCGACUUACACUUAAUUAAUUUAGGAUAA